CCUCUGUUCCCAACCUGCCCCGAGCGUCGGAAAAACCCUUCGCAUCGUCCCCUCCGACACCUCCGACCCCUCCGCUGCGCUCUCCCUCCUCCUCCGGCGCACUUCGAAACCCUAGCAAGCACCUGCUUGAGAAGGAGAAGGUAUCGGAAUCUAGGGUUUCGAAUCUCUCCCCAUUAGCCCUCCUUUGGAUCCUCCCUCCAUAUUGCUUGCUCUCGAAUUGGGCGGGGAUGAGAGCGAUGGGGAUGGAUCGUUUGGACGGGAGAAACGCUAAUCAGAUGAGGCCGCUCACCUGUUCUCGCAAUUUGCUUCACCGCGCUCACGGCUCCGCUCGUUGGUCCCAAGGUGAUACAAUUGUAUUGGCUGCUGUUUAUGGUCCGAAAGCUGGAACAAGGAAGGGUGAUGACCCCGAGAAAGCCUCGAUUGAGGUUAUUUGGAAGCCUAAAACUGGACAAAUUGGAAAACAAGAAAAGGAGUAUGAAAUGAUCCUGAAAAGAACACUGCAGAGCAUUUGUCUUCUAACUAGCCACCCAAAUACCACUACCUCUGUCAUUGUUCAGGUAGUGGGCGAUGAUGGUUCCCUUCUCCCAUGUGCCAUAAAUGCUUCCUGCGCAGCGCUUGUUGAUGCUGGAAUUCCCUUAAAACAUCUUGCUGUUGCAAUCUGUUGUGGUUUGUCCGAGACUGGAUCUGUUAUUUUAGACCCAACCAAGGUAGAAGAGCAGAAAAUGCAAGCCUUUAUGCAUUUGGUCUUUCCAAAUUCGCCUCUCGCAGUUCUUCCGGAAGGAUCAUCUUCUAAGCAUGAUGAGCCUUUUGAGCAUGGAAUCAUAACAUCGGUCACCCAUGGGGCGAUGCCAGAGCGAGGUUAUUUCAACUGCCUCGAUCGUGGCCGUGCUGCUUCUGCUGCAAUCUCAGAAUUUUUAAGGAGAAGUUUGCAGAAAGAUGGUUCCUGAGGACCUCUUGAGACCUACAUAGCGACAGCAUAUGCUUUACCUUAUUCAGCACUUAAGGCCGAGUCGUGUUGAUUGUUCGUGGCAACUUGGGGAUGGGGGUUUUAGAUUAAAUCGCGGAGCUCUGUAACGAGAUACUAUUGAAAUUCUUCCAUGGAUAUAGCGAAGUGCCUUUUAGCUACUGAUCCUUGCCUAUUUAAUAUAGGAAUUUAAAACUUUUCCACAAGGAUUCUGACAAGAUAUGGAUUAGAUUGUUCAUAUAUGCACUUCCGUUCGCUACAUUGGUGUAAAUUAGUUGAGAGAUGUGUUGGGACUCUGCAACUAAAGGCCAUUUAGACACUGGGCUCCUAACUUUCUUUUUUCAAUCAACGCUCUCUUUUGUUUCUUUUA